UUGGGUAUACCCUCUCCCUCAUUCACAGGUAGCUCUUCUGGGGCUAUGGAGCGUAGAAAUCUAUCAGCAGUGACUGAAUUUAUCUUCACUGGAUUUCCCCAGCUCCAGGAUGGUGGCCUCUUGUACUUUUUUCCUUUACUUUUCAUCUACACCUUUAUUGUGAUCGGGAACCUAAUGAUCUUCUUUGCUGUAAGGCUGGACGCCCAACUUCACAAUCCCAUGUAUAAUUUCAUCAGUAUCUUCUCAUUUCUUGAGAUGUGGUACACCACAGCCACCAUUCCUAAGAUGCUCUCAAAUCUGAUUAGCAAGCAAAAGACCAUCUCUUUCACUGGCUGCCUCUUGCAGAUGUACUUCUUCCAUUCACUUGGAAACACUGAAGGAGUAUUGCUGACUGUCAUGGCUAUUGACAGGUAUGUUGCCAUCUGCAACCCCCUCCACUACCCAACCGUAGUAACCCCGCGACUAUGUGCUCAGCUCUCUGCAGGUUCUUGUAUCUUUGGUUUCCUCAUCCUUCUACCUGAGAUUGUAUGGAUUUCAACCCUACCUUUCUGUGGCCCCAACCAAAUCCCUCAGAUCUUCUGUGAUUUCACCCCUUUAUUAAAUUUAGCCUGUACGGAUGCCUCUGUGAUCCUGGUGCAAGAUGUGAUUCAUGCUGUCGCCAUUCUAGUAACAGGUCUGAUUAUUUCUUUUUCUUAUAUCAGAAUUAUCAUUGUUAUCCUGGAUAUCCCUUCAGUUGAGGGCCGUAAAAAGGCCUUUUCCACCUGUACUGCUCAUAUCGCCAUCUUCCUGCUGUUUUUCGGCAGUGUGGCCCUCAUGUAUCUUAGAUUCUCUGCUACUUAUACACCAUUCUGGGACACCACCAUUGCUCUGACAUUCUCUGUAUUUGCUCCCUUUUUCAAUCCCAUUAUAUAUAGCCUGAGAAAUAAGGAUAUGAAACACGCCGUUAAGAAGCUCCUUUGCCCUCAAAAGGUGUUUAAAGAAUCUGGUAGUUAA